AUGCAGGUCAGGGAAGCAACAGCAGUGAGAAACCCCACAAGUGCACCAAGUGUGGAAAAACCUUCCCCCGCAGAUCACAGCUCAUCGUACAUCACAGGGUCCACAGGGGUGACAGAGCCUAUGGAGAAGCCUUAUAAGUGUUCGGAAUGUGAGAAAACCUUCUCCCACAAGUCACGCCUCGUGGAACACCACCGGUCUCACACUGGGGAGAAGCCCUACGGCUGCCAGGAAUGUGGAAAAUCUUUCUCCCGGAAGUCCUGCCUCAUCAUACACUACAGGAUCCACACAGGAGAGAAGCCCUACGGCUGUGGCGAGUGCGGAAAAGCCUUUUUCCAAAAGUCACACCUCAUUCUGCAUCAGCGCACGCACACGGGCGAGAAACCAUAUGGGUGCACCGAGUGCGGGAAAGCCUUCUCCCAGAACUCGUGCCUCAUCAUCCACAAGAGGACUCACCUGGGAAAGAAGCCCUACGGUUGCUCCGAGUGCGGGAAGACCUUCUCCCAGAAGGCCAACCUCAUUCGGCAUCACAGAAUUCACACCAGGGAGAAACUGUAUGGGUGA